AUGUCCGAUUUGAAGCAGGUGAGUGAAGUCAUAUAUGUCAUGAACACUUUACAGCGCCUUGUGUGUGCCUGGAACUAUGAAGAUGAUUUUAGCCAGUUCCUGCGAGAUCUCAUUGCCGCCAAUCACAUCAUUCACGACAAUGGCGUGGUCGAUACCUUUGGGCACAUCUCUUCAGCUCGCCAGCAGACUUGGUUGAGUAUCGCGUGGGAGAUAGUUCUCCAAUCCAUGAGAACUCACCGCGAGGCUUCAUCGAAUGAUAUAUUCACUCGGGAAUUGUACAAGAGAUACCCCGACGUCAACUGUGUCAUCCACAGUCACGCAGAUGACGUGCUGCCCCAAGCUGUGAGUGGUGUUCCGCUCAAACCAGUCUGUCAUAUGACAGGAUUUCUGGCAAGUGAUACCGAAUCCGAACUUGGCUGUUUGUCACUCACCAAGAUAUCAGGCCUAGAAGUGCCCAUCUACGAUAUCGAGGAAUUCUACCCGCCAGGAGAAUCACACGACUUACUGGUCGAUAAUGCUCGCCUAGGUGCGCAUCUGGCCUCGAAGUUUUGUUCGCAGAAAUCGACACCAUCCGGCAAAGAAGGACGGGCCCGACCACCUACUUGUUAG